AUGGCUAGAAUGUUUUAUUCAGUAGGCUUGCCAUUUCAAUUGACAAGAAAUCCUUACUAUGUUAGUGCAUUUACUUUUGUUGCAAAUAACAACAUACAAGGAUAUGUACCGCCUGGGUAUAACAUGUUGAGAACUACAUUGCUUCAAAAAGAAAGGAUAAACAUUGAUAGGUUGUUAGACCCUAUUCGAGGCACAUGGAGAGAGAAGGGUGUGAGUAUAGCCAGUGAUGGAUGGAGUGAUUCCCAACAAAGGCCAUUAAUAAAUUUUAUGGGUGUUACCGGAGGUGGGCCUAUGUUUCUUAAAGCAGCUGAUUAUUCAGGAGAAACAAAGGACAAGUAUUUUAUUUCCAACUUGAUGAAGGAAGUAAUCAUGGAGAUUGGGCCUAAAAACGUGGUUCAAGUCAUUACAGAUAAUGCCCCAAAUUGCAAGGUUGCGGGGCACCUAAUUGAAGCGCAAUUUCCUCACAUCUUUUGGACUCCUUGUGUUGUGUACACCCUCAAUCUUGCCUUGAAGAAUAUUUGUGCUGCCAAGAAUGUGACAAAUAAUUCAGUUGCAUUUAAAGAGUGUAAUUGGAUUAGUGAGAUUGUGGGUGAUGUGAUGAUGAUCAAAAAUUUUAUUUGUAAUCAUUCCAUGAGGGUGGCAAUGUACAAUGAGUUUGUGAGUUUGAAGCUUCUUUCAAUUGCCGAGACACGCUUUGCUUCUUCCAUUGUCAUGCUUAAGAGGGUCAAGUUGAUAAAGCAAGGUAUCCAAACAAUGGUAAUCAAUGACAUCUGCACCCACUCUUCAAUCUGUGGCUUUAAGGGUACUUGUGCAACCUUCUUCUUCGUCAUGUGCUGA